AUGCCAACCGCCACCUGCUUAGCCUUUCAUAGUUCAUGUGCCCGCAAAACACUAAUCAAUCAAGGACAAUACAAAGUCACCAAAAGUUUCUUCCCAGAUCUGGGUAAGAUUUGUCUUUUGGUUAUCUCUCCUAAUCCCUGUUCUGUCAAUUUUUAUACAACCUCAUUCUUCAUCUUCUUCUUCUUCUUCAUCUUCUUCUUCAUCUUCUCCUCCUCCUCAUUCUUCUUCUUCUUCUUCUUCUUUUUCUUCUUCUUCUUCUUCUUCUUCUUCUUCAUCUUCUUCUCCUCCUCCUUCUUCUUCAUCUUCCCUCCUCCUCCUCCACCUCCUUCUUCUUCUUCUUCUUCAUCUUCUUCUUCUCCUCCUCCUUCUUCUUCUUCUCCUUCAUCUUCUCCUCCUCCUCCUCCUUCUUCUUCUUCUUUCUUAGUGAAAUAUGUCUUUUGUUUAAUUUUUCUAAUCCUUCUUCUGCCAAACAUUUAUACAAAAUUCAUUCAUUCAUUCUUCUUCUUCUUCUUCUUCUUCUUCUUGUUCUCCUCUUCCUCCCCCUCCUCCCCUCCUCCUUCUCCUCCUCCUCCUUCUUCUUCUUCUUCUUCUCCUCUUCCUCCCCCUCCUCCUCUCCUCCUUCUCCUCCUCCUUCUUCUUCUUCUUGUUCUCCUCUUCCUCCCUUCCUCCCCUCCUCCUUCUCCUCCUCUUUUUCAUUCUUCUUCUUCUCCUCUUCCUCCCCCUCCUCCCCUCCUCCUUCUCCUCCUCCUUCUUCUUCUUCUUCUUCUUGCAUGUGCCGUAUCCCUUCAAGAUGUUCUUCUCUUCUUUUCUCCUUCUCCUUCUUCUUCUUCUUGUUCUCCUCUUCCUCCCCCUCCUCCGCUCCUCCUUCUUCUCCUCCUUCUUCUUCUUCUUGUUCUCCUCUUCCUCCCCCUCCUCCCCUCCUCCUCCUCCUUCUUCUUCUUGCAUUCGUUCGAUCUCUUCUCCUCUUUCUUCUUCUUCUUCUUCUUCUUCUUCUUCUUCUUUCACUCACAUUACUCUCUCUUUUUCUAUCAAUCCCACACUCUUUCUCCCCAUUCUCUCAUACACAUACUGUUAACCUCUCACACGAACACUCUCCUCUCUCACCCACAUUACUCUCUCUCUCUCUCUAUCAAGCAUAUACACUUUCUCCCCACUCUCUCAUUCACAUACUCUUAUUCCAUCUCUCACGCACCCUCUCACAUUCUUUUCCUCUCUUUCUAUCCUCCCUUAUUCUCCUUCACUUUCCCUCUCUCUCUCUCUCUCCUGCUUUCUUCCUCUACUAAUCUCCCCCUCGCUCUGUGUUCAGCACUCUUAGUCUCUUUCUCUCCUCCCCAUUUCCAUCUUCCUCCCACACCCUCUCUCCAGCUAUCUCCCUUUGCCAAUCUCUCCCUCCUUCUCUCUGUCUUUCUCUUUCCUUCGAUUUCUCCGACUUUUAUUCCUUCAUUUCUAUUCCUUUCUCUCUACACAUUGUCCACGCCCUUCUUUUUUUUUCUUCUUCUCAUUCAACAAGUUUUUUACUUCGACAACAACAACACCACCCUCACCCGCAUUCUAUGGUCGGGGCUCUUUACCCUCCAAAUGUUCUUUCAUAUCUUGACUUCUCCAAUCUACCGUCCCCAUCACUUGUCCGGAUUUGCUGUCCAUCGUUACUACGCAACAACUUUUUUUCUAUUUUGUUGA